GCUCUUAGCCCGGCCCUGUGCGCGGGAUCGCGGCGGGCGGUGUUGGCAGCAGCGUCGGCUCCCGGGGUUUUCUCUCACCGGCCCGGUCUCGUCCCGCCUCGCCCGGGAGUGUCGGGCGGAGCUCCGGAAUGUGGAAGCUGGUGCCCGCCUCGGGAAAAGGAGAACCAUAUAGGCUUUUAAGUGGUAUAGARUAUGUUGUUGGACGCAAAAACUGCACAAUUUUAAUUCAGGAUGAUCAGUCCAUCAGUCGAAAUCACGCAGUUCUGACUGUAGAUCAGCCUGAAAYAAGCUCUAGCCAGUCUCUCUCAGUCCCUGUAUUAACAGUAAGAGAUACAUCCAAGUAUGGUACCUUUGUUAAUGGAGCAAAACUCAAUGGUKCUUCAAAAUCUUUGCAGUCUGGUGACAGAAUCAACUUUGGAGUCUUUGAGAGCAAGUUUAGAGUGGAGUAUGAACCUUUGGUUGUCUGCUCCUCRUGUUUGGAUGUAGCUCAGAAAACCGCUUUAAAUCAAGCCAUCCAGAAGCUUGGGGGUCUUGCAGUGAAUGAAUGGACAAAAGACUGUACCCACCUUGUAAUGGUAUCAGUAAAAGUUACUGUUAAGACUAUAUGUGCUUUGAUUUGUGCUCGACCAAUUAUAAAACCAGAGUUUUUUUCUGAAUUAAUCAGAGCUAUUCAAUCCAGGCAGCAAUUGCCAAAUCAUGAAAGCUUUUAUCCUCCAGUUGAUGAGCCUUCCAUUGGCACUGAAAAACUGGAUUUAUCUGAGCAUCAUGAAAGGGAAAAAAUAUUCAGUGGAAAAACUUUUGUAUUUCUAACUGCCAAGCAGCACAAGAAGCUGAGUCCAGCAGUCGUUCUUGGAGGAGGGGAGGUAAAGUUGAUGACAGAAGGAAGAAAAGAAAUGCCUUUACUACUUUCUCCUGAAGUUUGUGUAGUUGAUGCAGAUUUGACAAACUCUCAGCUCUCAGGAUCUGACUCAAUGAGAAACUGGACUGAUUCCAUUCUGACUGUCUUGGAAAGCAAGAAUCUUAGGGCUAUUCCAGAGGCAGAAAUUGGAUUGGCAGUUAUCUUCAUGUCUACGGAAAAAUACUGCAACCCUCAAAAGCAGCCUGCUUCCAGAGCUGUAUCUGAAAGUUCUCCUGCAUCAGCUGUUGGAGGCCGAGCCAUUUCCCGGAGUCUGGCUGUGGAUGAAACCAUAAUGCCAACUGCUGCAGAUAGCAGCACGUUGUAUAUAGCUGAUACAGAAAGGCACACAUGUAUGGAGAUAGAGCAUACUUCCCAGAUGCACAGACAAGGGAAAAUGGCUUCCCUGGAUACAACUGCUGUAAAGAAAAGCACAAGCACACGUGACAGUGUAAAUGCAGGGACAUCAGUACCUGGAGAGAACAGAACAUCYGCCUUAGGUCAAAGAAGUCAGCCUGUGUCACCAUCUAAACUUUCAGAAGCUGGCAAACCUCGUGAGAAUGCUUCAUGUCACCAGUCGAACUCAAUUACAAAUUACUUUCAUGUAGCUAGAAAGAGGGAAAGAGCUGAAGAAGAAGAAACAUCUGUACCCAAACUAGCAAAAUUGGAGGAAAGGUCGCCUUUUACCAAGUGUGCUGAAUCCACAGCUUCAUCAGUCUGCAACAGUGAAGCAAAACAGCAUCAAAAGAAAAAUAACCCAAAUUUUGCAGUAGAAGACAUGGAUAUAAAGCUUAUAAGGGAAGGUGUCAAGCUAACAAGUGAUAGAACAGAUGCUAAAACCACUUCUAGUGAAAAUCAUGCACCGAAAAAGAGAAAGGAAUUAGAUGAUUUAUCUGAAGAUACAGAAGCACUAGAAAUUGUGUUUGGAAGCGGAGACAUAGACUGGGAAGAUCAAAUAGCAGAUCAUGACCAGAAAGCUCAAGGAAGCACACGAAAAGCUCAAUGUUUGGAAGCCAAAAGAAGAAGGAUUCAUGAAGUAAAUGUAAAUCAGAGAGAGGAGAAUAAAGUAUUGGAGGAAGAGGAACUUGGAUCAGUCCUACCUUCAGAAAUUAAAAGUAACAUCAAGCAAGAGUUGCCAGUCUUGAACCACAGCGACCUGCAAGAUGACUCCAGCAAUCUUCCUAGCAAGCUUCUGUUGACAGAGUUUAGRUCGCUGGUUGUCAGCCAUCCCAGACAGAAUAGUCGUGUUACUGGAAAUACCAGCUAUGGGGGAAAGAAAAACUUCAAAAUGUUCAAAAAGGUUGCUUACCCAGGGGCAGGACAGCUACCACACAUUAUUGGAGGAUCAGAUUUGAUUGCUCACCAUGCUAAAAAGAAUUCAGAGCUAGAAGAGUGGUUAAGGCAAGAAAUGGAGGUGCAGAACGAACGUGCAAGAGAAGAAUCACUUGCUGACGAUCUCUUUAGAUACGAUCCUAAUGUGAAAAGAAGAAGAUAAAUUGUGACCUGGAUUUACACUGUUUCUCUAGCAAAACUUGCUUUCUGUUCCUUAGUUUUCUUGGUUACAGUGUCUAUGAUGUUCCUAUAUAUGACCAUUUGAAAUAUCUGUUGUUUUAAGACAUGUUUUCUAGGUCUUGUUUUUAUUAAAGAAAAAGAAAAGUUU